UAUGACGACCUCUUCCUGCUGCUGGAGUUUACUGUUUUGUUUUAUAAAGUUAUCGAUAUAAUGGUAUGGAUCUCAUUUUGCGAGAAUAUUUCUUUGAAGGAAUACUCUGACGGCUUUGGAAAGGUCACCUCGGCUAUGUUCUGCAAGAAUAAGAUCAUCUAGUGAAUACGGAGCAACUGUUUCCAGCCCUACUCUUUAAUAUUAGAAUGGAAAUGAGCAUCGUAUCAGCAGUGGCAACAAGUGACUACACAUAUGGCAAAAUAUAAGAACAUUGGGUUUAAAAUACAAAAUACUAUUCAAAAGAAGAGGGAUAGUGAGCCACGAGGCUGCAUCCGAUUUCGGUGCUCCCUAACCAACACUAUCCUGGAUGUACUGCGACAGCGACCAGGCUGGAUAGAAGCCAAAGAUGACAGCGAAUGGGAUUUCUACUGGUGUGAUGUUGGCUGGCUCCGGGAUAAUUUUGAUCACAUGUAUCUGGAAGAGCAUGUUCGAAUUAGCCAUUUCCGUAACCAUUAUCAGCUCACCCGAAAAAACUUGAUGGUGAAAAAUUUGAAGAGAUACCGGAAGUUGCUGGAGCGGGAGACAGGGAGGUUGGAAGCAGAAAAGUGUGACUUUUUCCCUUGCACCUUUGAGCUCCCAUUUGAAUACCACCUGUUUGUAGAGGAAUUCAAGAAGAAUCCUGGAAGAACAUGGAUUAUGAAGCCGGUGGGCCGGUCUCAAGGAGAAGGCAUCUUUCUUUUUCGGAAGCUGAAGGAUAUAAUGGAUUGGAAAAAGGAAGGAAGCCGAUUUGAUGAACAGAAAGAUGAGACACAGGUGGAAAGAUAUGUGGCUCAGCGCUAUAUAGAGAACCCAUAUCUCAUUGGAGGAAGGAAAUUUGACCUGCGAAUUUAUGUGCUGGUAACCUCUUUCAUUCCACUCAAGGUCUAUCUAUACCGAGAUGGAUUUGCUCGCUUUUCCAACGCUCGCUUCUCCCUCAGCAGCAUUGAUGAUCACUAUGCCCAUCUGACAAAUGUGGCAAUUCAGAAAACUGCCCAAGACUACGACCCUGAAAAGGGUUGCAAAUGGCAGAUACAACAACUUCGGCGUUACCUUGGUGCAAAGCAUGGUAUGGAAGCUGUAGAGACAGUCUUCAAGGAUAUGGAUGCCAUCAUUGUAAGGAGCCUGCAGAGUGUGCAAAAGGUCAUCAUCAAUGACAAACACUGCUUUGAGCUUUAUGGAUACGACAUCCUGCUAGACGAGAACCUGAAACCAUGGCUGAUUGAGGUAAACUCUUCCCCUUCACUCAAUGCCACGAACAUAGAAGACUAUGGGUUGAAGUUUCGUCUCCUAGAGGAUAUCUUGCACAUUGUGGACAUGGAAAGAAGGUCAGUAAACUGCUGUUCAAUUCUGUAUGUUUUUUCUUUUUAAUGAAUACUACAAAGUACAAUAAUAAGUUGGCACGUGAUGCAGAACAUGAAUUUGCCUAGCUAUGCCUCCAGAAGUCUGGUUCAGUUAACUUCCCACCACUUGAAAGCAGUUUGUAUUUAAGCAAGAAUAACAGUU